AUGGCUCCAGCCGCUGCUUCCGCUGCCACUUCCAUGGAUUACAAUGGAGAUUUCCAAGCUGGUUAUCAGGAAAUAGACGGCAUCAAUUUGGGUUACUUGCAGAUUAACGGCACGAGGAUGUUUGCUUUGACCCAGGUCUUCAGCGACCUUUUUAAGGACAUCCCUCGGGCCGCCGUGAGCAAAAAAAUGGAAAGCCUCAAGAUCCAGAGUCGCCGGUGCGACCUGAAGGAGCUGCGCACUCUCAAAGCGAUCCAGUCGGUGCCAAUGCGUGCCGUCAAGUGUUCCCUCAUCUCCAAGACCGAUCUGGAGGCCCUCUGCACCUCCUGCAAGGCCUUAACCCCCAGGAGGAGGAAGAGGAAGAGGAAAGUCAAGAGGAGGGAAGUCGAGGACCUGUUCGAUCGGCCUCGGUUACUCCCGGCGUUCGGUGGAUCCGACCACGGCACCUUUCGUGCCAGCUUGGGUGCCGACUGCGCCAAACGCGAAGCCCUCCUCGGAGCUCCGUUCGCGAAGAGCUACGAGAAAGCCGCGCCGCCUUCCAAAAGCUACAACCGGAACGGUAGAGGGCACCUCCUGGCCGGCGUCCUCAGCGCUUACCCCGGGGACUUGCAGUUCCUGCACUCCGCGGUCAGGGCGCACGGAACCAGUCAGCCGCCUCGCGAGCCGGAGGUCGGUCGCCCCAAGCGUUCCACUUGCGGGUGCCUGGCCAAGAAGGGUCGCUCAGCCUCUAUCGCCGGCUCCAAAAGGCAAGGCACGUCGGCUGGCUAUUCCAGCGAUUCGGAUUCCAGCGGUGCGUCAAGCCCGGCAAGUUCCAGCGAUUCUUCGGAAGAUGAGGACGACGACGACGACGAGGACGACGAAUCUUCCUGCAGCAGCGAAGACGGCAGCUCCUCGGGAUCAGAAAGUAGUUCCCUAUGCAGUGGCGACUCGGUGCAAAGCACGCGGUACAGACAGGCCGCCCUUCCCCGCAUCCCCCCGCAAACUGCAUCUUCCCAAGCCCUCCCCAACGUGGCCAAAGCACUGCGCCCAGACCCGAACCUGCUCUUCUGGGCCAGAACGUUGCGCGCCUCCACUUUGGAAAGUUUCAAGCCGGUUCCUCCCAGUACGCCCAAGGAGCCUCAGCAGGAGAGACCGGAGACUCGGAUAAGACCCGAGGCGAGGCAUUCUCCCGCUUCCCCAUCCCGUCCGAGCAGCCCCAGCGAAGGACCGCAGCCAAAGAACGGAGGCGUCGGGGAGGCGACGGAGUCGGGUCUCCGGGAAGGCGAAGAGGCCGACUUCCUGAGUUCUACGGACGGUCUCCGAGCCGGUGAGCAGGACAAGACUGAGGAAGCCGCGCUCCAGCAAAUCUCCGAGGAAGGGUCGGGCAGAGGGGCCCAUUUCGACAGGCUUAUCAGGCAGUCGAAACUGUGGUGCUACGCCAAAGGGUUCAACGUGGACGGGAAAGGCUUGCGCAGGGCCGACCAGGCCAAAGGGUGUUCCCCCACUUCCAAAGCCGGCCUCCUGACCCUGGCUAGCAGACCGCUGAAAGGAGGCAGCGACUCGGAAAGGAGCGCCAAGCGAAGUCGAGUCGAACAGGCCAAGGGGAGGCCCCCCAAGAUUCCGAGGAGGAAGACCCCGAAGGGGGGCACCCCGCCAUGUAAACGCUUGCUCAGCGCCAGUCCCGCGCCUGUAAGGAGUCCAUUUACUUUGAUGGGCACUUUUCCGUGUACGCCGGCCUUAGUCGUGGGUUCGGACGGGGAUCUGUGUCCUGCGUCGUCCCUGUGCGUCAAAGACUCGUGCGCCCUCUCCAAAACGCACCCACUGUGGACCUGGCAGCUGGGGGGCAAUGCCAUCCCCGUGCCCCCCAGCCUGAAAUUCCGGGGAUACGGUUUAGAAGACUUCUAGGUGGAAGGUUUAAAGUGGUUUAUGUGCAACAGUUUGUCUUUUGUGGCUGGAACAGUGUGGGUGGGAAAGGACAAAUAGAAUAUAUUCUGUCAAGAAAAGGAAAUCUGGUCUUGCAAUCUUAAAUAUAUUUACUUGGAAAUAACCUUUUUGGUUUCUGUGGCCUUUAAUUCCAAGUAAGUUAAGUGGUCAUAGCAUUUGGUGAUCUUUAAACUCACUUCCCCGAAGUAAGACUGGCUAAAAUAGAUAGAAGUUUUUUUUUAAAUAGAAAAAGUGCAAUCAAAUACAUAAUUACUCAGAAGGAAAUGUGGAACUUAACUGUGUUAAGUGGCAGUAAGUUUGAAGCCUAAAUGUUUUAAAGCAAAGAAUGGACUUUUGAUUUCCAGAUGGCUCAAGUUUUUUUUUAAAGAACCCUCAAGACCUCCAUCACAUGGAAUUUCUGACAUUCCUUUACUUUUAAAAGAGCAAUGGCUUUAUUUUAAAGAGCCCGUCCAAUCAGCAAUUCUUAAUAAAUUGCACACCUUUCAAAAUAUAGAAAUUUAAAUCUUACUUGACAACAGGCCUCCGAUGUAUAGGGAGCCAAAGUAAAUGAUUAAAAAGAAAUGUUAGUAGUAAGAGACUUGAAAAUAAAACCCAGUAUAGAUAUUUAACUUUUAUUCUUUGGUUGAGGACACAAUAUUUUUGUUUAUGUUGCACAUUUAUACUGUAGGGAGCUGUAAUAACAGUAGUUUUUUUUAAAAAAAGA